AUCUUGAAAACGAGUGGCUGUCUACCCAAUCACGACACACAAUAUACACGACACAAACACCAAUCAUGUCUUCGAUUGCACCAUCUGUUUACCGACAAUGGCGGCUCUAACAACCACCACAGCUUCCGUAUUGUACCACCGUUCAGUUGUUAAUCUUAAUUUCAAACAUCAGUCAUCAUUAACAAGCUCAAGAUAUAGAAGAAUUAGUUGCAUGGCUGCUACUGCUACUAAGGUCAUACCCUCGAUAAUUGUAGGUGGUGGCCGGGUCGGACAAGCCCUAGAAGAAAUGGGCUCCGGUGAGGAUUUGCUGGUGAAGAGAGGUGAACCGGUUCCGGUUGAUUUUCCUGGGCCGAUAUUGGUGUGCACUAGGAAUGAUGAUUUGGAUGCUGUUCUUCAGUCUACUCCUCAGUCCCGUUGGAGCGAUUUGGUUUUCUUCCAGAACGGGAUGCUGGAGCCAUGGUUUCAAAGUAAAGGUCUAGGUGAUGCGGAUCAAGUUUUGGCAUAUUUUGCUGUUUCCAAGCUCGGCGAACCACCUGUGGAUGGUAUAACCGAUGCUAAUCCCGAGGGGUUAACCGCAGCUUAUGGCAAAUGGGCUUCUGUUGUCGCUACUAGGUUAAACGCUGGAGGCCUUUCUUGCAAGGUCCUUGAAAAAGAACCAUUUCAGAAGCAAAUGCUAGAGAAACUUAUAUGGAUAUCAGCAUUCAUGCUUGUCGGGGCUCGCCAUCCUGGAGCCACCGUGGGCGAUGUAGAGAGGGAUUUUCGUUUCGAGGUGAUUAGUCUCAUUGGUGAGCUGGCAUCUGCAGCGGCAGCCGAGAAAGGUAUAGUAUUUGAAGUCGGGAUUGAAGAACGAUUACUAGCUUAUGCUCGAGCAGUUUCACAUUUCCCAACAGCAGUGAAGGAAUUCAAAUGGAGAAACGGGUGGUUCUAUUCGCUCUCAGAGAAGGCGAUCGCUCAAGGGAAAGAAGACCCGUGUCCUUUGCACACAAAGUGGCUUAAAGAACUAAAUAUUGUUCAGUGAACUGUGUGUACCCAAGAAGCUAGUUAUAUGUAGUGUUAUCAGACAUAGGCAAACACAUGACAGUUAUAUUUAUGAAUCAAACCUUAUCUAUUUUCUAUUUGCUUUGUGGUAA